AUGGCAAAAUCACUCCUUUCUAGUCUCAAGCGCGGUCUCCCAAGAUGCGUCAGUACAGUAUAUGACCGGUCUCAGCACUCGUACUUCGUAGUCUUUGGAGCGCUUGCUCUGUGCGCAAUAUUGCUUUUCACCGUGGCAUUCUUGAACUCGAACCCAGCGCCAAAAGUAAAAAUCCUACUCAAGGAUGAAAUCGGAAAUGCAAGACAGCGAGCGCUUGAAUACUGCUUUAACCCUCGUGCUGUGAUGGCAAAGGGCUAUGCAAAAUUCAAAAAUGAGGUUUUCGGCAUUGAUACACAAGAUGGUGUCAAGGUCGUAAUCCCCCCAAGUUUUCUCGAUGCGCUGAAGAGCCACCCUGCUCUCAGCUUUAAAGCAUCCAUCGACAAUGACAUGCAAAUUGAGUAUACGUACUUUGGUGGUCCCGCAGAGUAUGUCAUCCAUGCUAUAAAAGCCAAUCUGACUGGGUCACUCCCGAGUUUCACUCCUUUGCUUCACGGUAUGGUCAAGAGAAACAUGCCCAAGAUCCUUGGUCGGUACAAAGAAUGGACUCCCGUGAAAGUGCAUGAUCGAGUACUACGUCUCGUCGCCACAAACAACGCCCGGGUAUUCCAAGGCACCGCCGCCAGCCUCGACGAAGAAUGGCAAGCAGCUUCCACUGGCUACGUCUUGGCAUGCUUUGACUGUAUCCGUGCUCUGAAGCAGUGGCACCCUUGGCUCAGACCUCUAGUCUACAGGUUCAUCCCCGAGCGCGCUGCUAUCAAAGACCAAUGGGCCAAAGGUCGCAAACGAGUCAUGGCGUCGAUGAAUGAAAGAAAGAAGAAAGGAGGAAAUUUGGAGGAUCCACCGACCAUGUUAGAUCAUCUCAGCUCUGGAAAGAAUGAGUCACUUGUUGACGAUGUUGAGACGCAGCUCCUGCAUCAGAUGACUUUGAUUGCUGUAGGAACCGUUACGACGUUUUCAUCGACAACGCAGGCUAUUUACGACCUCGCUGCCCAUACUGAAUACAUCCCCAUACUUCGCCAAGAGGUUGAGUCUGUUCCCAGAGACCAAGAUGGUGAUUUCGACAAGGACUCGGUCAUGAAGAUGGAGAAACUCGACAGCUUCCUCAAGGAGAGUCAACGUCUGAACUCUCCCGAUCUGACAACCUUCCAACGAGCAGCAAUCGCAGAUCUGACACUUCCAGAUGGCACAUUCGUUCCCAAGGGGACGAAGCUCGAGAUCAAUACCUGCUCUAUCCACAUGGACAAAGAUCUUUACGAGAACCCCAAAGAAUUUGAUGGCCUGCGAUUCUAUAGAAUGCGGCAGGCGUCCGGACAAGACAACAAAUACAAGUACUCAAGUGUCACAAAGAGUGAUUUGUCCUGGGGCUUUGGGAGGAAUGCCUGCCCUGGAAGGUAUCUGAGUGCCAUUAACAUUAAGCUAAUCAUGGCUGAGCUUUUGACCAACUACGAUAUCAAGUUAGGCGAUGGGGUGACCCGACCCCCGAAUAUCGAGUUUGAGGUUCUUUGUUCUCCAGAGCCCGACUUUGAGAUUCUUCUGAAGAACAGAAAGGUGUAG